AUGUCUGGGGGACAUUACUCAUGUGCCUUCGCACCGAUACGGUGCCACCGUGUAUUUUUCACAGUGCGUUUUUAAAAAGAGGUGUUGGACACGGACAGGUAGGAUUGUUUUCUUCUACCGUUGCAGUUUAAAUUUACCGUCGGUGUUACAACAAUCAUGGAUACUCCGAGGGAUAAAGUGAAGAAACAAGCUAUUAAAUCGAAAUCAACGAAACGUAAGGACAAGAAAUACAAAUCAGGAAAGGUCUUCAGACGAAAAUCUUUGAAGUCACUUGGGAAUUUUAUGAACCGUAUUUUGAAAACUUUGGGCACUUUAGCACACUUUGGAGACGUCGAUCCAGCAGACGCCGAGGACGAUGAUGGUGGGUUUCGAGACAGUGCGGCGUGCACUUUGAGCGCGAACUCAGGGAAUUUUAAAGAGGAUUUUCAGGGCGCGAGGGGGAAUACUUUGAAAAAGAGCUCUACUUUGUCUUCCCAUGGAUCAGUAAAAGACAGAUUGUCGUGGUGUGGCGACAAAACUCCUGGCGUCUUGGGUUUGAAAAAUCAUGGCAACACUUGUUUCAUGAACGCUGUGGUUCAGUGCCUGAGCAACACUGAUCUCUUGGCGGAAUAUCUUGGUUUGGAACAGUACAAAUCGGAUUUAUGCCAAAGGAGAGUCAAUGGAAUAGUAAAAAACGAGGAGCUUGUUUCCGUCAGAGGUGAGGUGACGGAGCAACUGGCGGCUUUGGUGCGAGCGCUUUGGACACUGGAAUACACGCCACAGCUGUCAGUCGAAUUCAAGAGCAUUGUGUCCAAGUAUGGCACACAGUUCAGGGGGAACUCCCAGCACGACGCCCUGGAGUUUCUGCUCUGGCUCCUGGACCGUGUGCACGAGGAUGCCAACCCCACCCAGAACAACAACAGCAAGACCAAAGCCUCCGCUAUGGUCCAAGCGGGAGCAGAGACCAUUCAUGCUACUGGUCCAGUGAACACGCAGCCGCCGGGCACGCGCUCCAGCUUCGUCCAGGAACACUUCCAGGCCCAGUACAGGUCCUCUCUGACGUGUCCACAUUGCCUUAAACAGAGCAACACAUUUGACCCCUUCCUGUGCAUCUCCCUGCCCAUCCCACUGCGCCAGACCAGGCCUCUGAAUGUCACGCUGGUCUUCAGCACCAAGGGCCAGCGGUACCUGCGCGUGGGGCUGGCCGUGCCUCUCUACGGAUCCGUAUCUGCACUGCGCACCAUGGUGGCCGAGGAGGGCAAGAUCUCCCCAGAACAGGUUAUUCUGACAGAGAUCUACCCGACGGGGUUCCAGCGCUCCUUCUCCGACGAUGACGACCUGACCAGCAUCGCCGACAGCGACGUCAUCUACGCCUUCCAGGCCCCGCCCCUCUACAGCAGGGGAGGCUCGGCACGAAUCUCAGGGUACCACCACAGCCUGCCCUCCUCCCCCUACACCUCUGGUCCGGAGGGUCAGCGGCUGCAUCCCUCGGGCACCUUGUCCUCCGAGUUCCUGAACCAGGGUGGCACCAGCAAGCUCCUCCUGCUCAUCUGCAACACGGCCGGCUCUGGCCAGCAGGCAGUGAGGUUUGGACCCCCCUUCCUCAUGCGUGAGGAGAGGACCCUCUCUUGGGACCAGUUCCAGCAGAGCAUCCUUAGCAAGCUCUACUACCUGAUGCUUAACAGUGCGCAAGCACAGAACGGAGGAGUGCUGUUCAAGAUCCGUGUGGUUGGUGGAUCCACGUCCUACAGCUACUUAUCCCCCCAGGACAGCCGGCCACUUUGCCACCCAGCAGUGGACAGGGCCCUGAAGCUGUGUGCUGCUGGAGGCCCAGCCCAUGUGAAGCUCAUCAUUGAGUGGGAGCACAAGAUCAAGGAGUGUCUGUUUGGGAACAUCCAGGAGGAGGUGGUGAAGGACGCGGAGAGCGUGAGGGUGCAGCAGCAGCAGCAUCUCCAGCAGCACAGCUGCACGCUGGACGAGUGCUUUCAGCUCUACACCAAAGAGGAGCAGUUGGCGCCGGACGACGCCUGGAAGUGUCCCCACUGCAAGCAGCUGCAGCAGGGCAUGGUGAAGAUGAGCCUGUGGACGCUGCCGGACAUCCUCAUCCUGCACCUCAAGCGCUUCCGGCAGGUGGGCGAGCGCCGCAACAAGCUCUCCACGCUGGUGCGCUUCCCGCUGGCCGGCCUGGACAUGGCGCCGCACGUGGUCAAGCGCAGCCAGAGCGUGCGCAGCCUGGGGCCCUGGCCGGCCGCCUGGAAGCAGCCCGACGGCACGCUGCCCCACCACUUCCUGUACGACCUCUACGCCGUCUGCAACCACCACGGGGGCAUGCACGGAGGACACUACACCGCGUACUGUCGUAACUCGGUGGACGGUCAGUGGUACAGCUACGAUGACAGCAGCGUGGACCUGGUGCCCGAGGAGGAGCUGUGUACCCGCGGUGCCUACAUUCUCUUCUACCAGAGACGCGACGCCAUCCCGCCCUGGUCUGCCAGCAGCUCUGUCAGGGGCUCGACCAGCUCCUCCAUGUCUGACCACUGGCUCAUCCGGCUGGCCGGGGACAGCAAGCGCGGCAGCGUCGUGUCCCGCAGCUCCACCACCUGUCCGUCAUCCAUCCCCGACUCGCCUGAGUCACCCGUCUUCCAAGACGAGCCCCCCAAACCCGAGAGAGGUGGUUUUGAGACGAGGCCGUUCGUGCGGGGCCUCCAGGGCCGCAGCGUGAGCAUGCGGACGCCCACCAAGGCGCGGGACACCCUGAGCAAGGUGCUGCCGCUGCGCUGGUCCUUCGGCUCCAAGAGCCGCCGCAAACCGGACCCGGCCGCACCCCCCGAGCCGGCCGCCCCCACCGCCGCCCCCGCCGAGCUGGUGGAGUACCUGGAGUCGGGCCGGCGGCCGCGCUGCACCAAGGACCCCAUCGUCACGCUGGUGGGCAGCCCGUCCGGCAGGGACGGCCCCCACGGCCAGCAGCUGCCCCCGUCCGCCUCCAGCUCCUCCAGCCUCAGCUGCGUGGGCCGGACCCCCGACGAGCAGGCGGACCACCACCACCACCACGGCGGCAAGGCCCCCGACGGGCAGCAGAGGCUGGGCACCGACAAGACGGGCAGCCUGAGGCGCAGCAGCAGCGAGAGGCCCACCAAGCCGCAGCAGCAGCAGCGGGGAGGAGGAGGAGGAGGAGGAGGAGGAGGAGGAGAGGACGGGACCCUCGGACGGAGGAGCACCCGCAAGGCCAAGCAGGAGCCGGGGAGGAGCCACGACGCGGCGUCCAGGAGCGGCUCCAGCACGGGCGCCCAGCCCAGCCCCGGCGCGCGCGCCAGCUCGGACGCCGGCCAGCACAGGGGCAAGGGGGCCGCGGGGGCCGAGGAGCCGGGCGCGCCGGAGCCGGACAAGGCGGGCAGGAGGGGGGAGGAGUCCAGGACGCACGACGGCCUGCUGUCCUUCCUCAAGGGCGGCUUCCUCAAGAAGGACUCCAUGCGGCGCUCGCGGGACAGCGACUGGGGGAGGGCCGGCGAGGCCAGCAGCAGGAGCCUGUCCAAGCUCUCGCUGUCCAACGGGGGCCCCAGCGGCGGCGGCACCGCCCGGGGUCGGCACGGCGACGAGCUGGCCAACGGGAAGGUGGCGGCGGCGCGCGGCAGCGUGCCGGACAUCAAGCGCUCGCAGAGCUCGUGCCACAUCCCGAGCAAGGCCGACCCGGCCCUGCGCCGCACCGCCUCCCUGCACCGCAACGGGCUCUCGGCCGCGCCGCCGCCACCGUCCUCCUCGCGGAGCCCCGCCGCCGCCGACAAGAGCUCGUGCGGCACGCUGCAGCGCAGCCGCUACAGCAGCACCUCCCUGGGCAGGAAGAGGACGGUCCCCGAGUCCAGCUUCUGAGGCGGACGCCGACCCCUGACCUUUGACCCGCUCAGAGCAAUAGUGCACACAAAAGGGCACACGAUGGACACGCGGACUGCUGUGCCCUUGGUGGAGGAGGGAGUAUGCAACGCUGCAAAGAGAGAGGAAGGGGAUUCGCAUACGAGAGCAAGCACGUCGGGUGCUAGUGCUACCCAGUGUUUUUAACGUUUUCUUGUUUAAUACCAUUACAGUUAUGACAAGUGCCUCUGUAACAGAUACGAAGACCAAGGAGCUGGAGGGCCAGUAGUGGAAGCACACGUUCCUGUUCACCCAAACACUUACACUGAACCACACUGGAGCUCUUUACUAAACUUGUGAAUUUCGACCCAUUAGCUUCAUGUCCUGAGAAUACGCUCAUGCUGUGGGAAUCGAAAGUGAAUAACUGAAAUAACAAUAUAUUGGUAUGAUUUUGUGUGGUACCAAAAAAAAACUGAUGUUUGUUUUUUCACUUACUUUGUAAACACAUGUUUAUUUGUAAACAUCUGUUUGAAGGUCUAUUUAACUAUUGCAAAGAGAGGGACCAUCUGUGACUAUACAAUAUAACCGCUGCUAGCUUUUCUUUUAAAGAUUUAACAAUAGAGAUUAUAUUGUUGCACUUUUAACAAGGUUGAGAGCACCAGUUAUUUUUAUUUGGUCUACAUUGUGCAAGAUGUCAAAAAUAACUGUUUUUGCACAAAACGAUCUUUGCAGAAAAAAUUAAUUCCAGAACAGAUCAAUUAAUAUAUAAACAUAUAAAUGAUUAAAAGUUUACAUUGAUGUACAAUUAUCUGAUUAUAUAAUGCUUAAAGUUAUAGACACUUGGUAAAUGCUCAUAACAUUUUUUAAACGUAGUGUGCUGGAUGUCAUUGUUAACUGAUUCAUCUCUAACUUGUUGAAUUAGAGGGUUUCAUAUGUACCUGAACAGCUGCCUUUCUCCAAUUAUGUUGUGUUUAUUUGCUGAUUACUGCAUCAAACACUCCCGCAAAAGACUAUAUUAUUCUAACUAUUCUGUGACUAUUCCUGCAAAAAAAAGUUCUUAACACUGGACUGUAUUUUCCCCUGUAUUGAAGUCCCACUGUGUUAGAUUCCCAAAUUUGGAAUGUUUCCAAGCAUAAUAGAACAUUAAUCUAGCACCCCAUUGUGUUAAAUGAAAGGCCUACACACAACGGCAACGGCCAUUUAUGGAAGGCGACCGGCAAAGUGAAUAGGAUCUAUUGAAGUGGUGUUGAGUGGAACAACACACGGCGAGUGGAGCAGCGGGUGGGUCGCCGUCGCAUCACUCUAAUCGGUCCCUUUCUAUUGUUCAGGGCCAUUUGGAUCCAUCAUAAUAAAAAACAGCUGUCUGGUCAGUGUAUCCCCACUGAACCAAUGUGUGAUCACGUCGCCAGUCGUGUGUGGAAAGACAGCAGAUUAAACUGAAUUCCACCAUCACGUUUGACUAUCGUAUCGCCGGCCGUGUGUGACCGCCUCAAUAGUAUGAUUAAGCCCCUUGCCACAGGAGCAGUCUAUAAAAGGACUUGUGUUUAAAGCUCAUCUGUGUCCAGGUGAGAGUAUCUCCAGUACAAAAGAUGAUUUACGGGACAUGAAGGCUUUAAAUUGUGUUGGUAAAACAGCAUGACUUAACCAGGCAGUGUCACUCUUGAGCGAGUGUGUAAUGAUUUUGGAUUGAUUUGGAUUGAACAUUUGUCACAAACUUCCAAACACAUAAGAUAAUCAUCUGCAUUAUGGGCAAGUGUUUAAUCUGUGUAAAAACACAUCUCUUCAGAAUAUUCCUUAAAAACCUUCUCCUGGAUCUGAAAUAUUAGAAAAAAAAAAUUCAUAAUGCAUCAGGGUUAGAGUGAUCUACAGUAUGCUACGUGCUGUAUGCUAUGUCCUAUGCUAUGAGCUGUGUGUUUUCUGUUUGUUUGUCAUUUGCCAAAUGAAGUACACCACUAGGGGCAGACUUAGCUGGUUCUCAAUGAAGGAGCAAUAAAGAUUGAAGUAUCAGAUUCCUCAUAAGUGCUUUUCAACUACUACUGCAGUACUAUGAAUGUGUUUCUAACUAAACAAAACACAUAGCAAAUAUUUAUGUUUAGGUGUCUCACAAUAACAGAAAGGUAUUGAAGUAUAAUGGGUUUGUGGCAUGUCAUACCUUAUCACUUUUUUUUCUUUGCUUUUUGUAAUAAUACCUCCCGAAGCGUCGUGACAGUGUAACUCACUGUGUACACCAAAGCAGAAACCUCACCAAUGUUAAAGAGUCCAAGCUCUCUGCCUGUCCACCUGACACUCUUAUCAUCACAGUACUAUGCCUUGCACAUCACUGGCUUUGAGUAGAGCUUUUUGCCCAUGUCACACUGGAGUUGUGAGUAGUAGCAAGGGGGUGCUGCCUCCACCACAGAGUCUAGUAGUGACGGACUUCUCUAGAAGAUCAAAAGGCAGACUGCCAGGAAGACGUCACCAUACAGUAGAUGAGGAAAAGAUGACAGGCGUUAUUCGGAAUUGCCUUGUGAAUUAGUACCGUAGUAGAACAGAUUAUUAAUGUAUGUCACCUAAAUCGCUUCUUAUCGCACUUAUCAUUUGGGUGGCAUUUUUGUGAGCACCGCUUGCUUUUGCUGUGCGCAGCUUCACGUUCUGUAUCAGUAUGAGCUCACCAACACGCCACACCACGUUUGAAGAGAGUCUCAAUGCUUUAUGUCCGUGUGGACCAGGAGCAGUGUAGCGCCUCGGAAGUCUAGCUGUUUGACUCCAGAGUGGGAGAGUAUUGUGUGAGGUGACAUAGUCGUCGUCGUCGUCGUUAAUUAUUUGCUAAUAAGCAGUUUAGUUCACCUUUUCUUUCAUUUUCUACUGACACUACUGCACUUGUGAGAUAACAAACACCCAAAAGAGCCCUUACGUUGGAAAAAAAACAAAGUGGAGGACUGAAGGAUUUAGGCAGAGUUCCUUGUGUCUGUGAUGAUUCAUAUGCAACUUUUGUAAGGUUUUUAUAAUGGCAUUGUAGAUUCACAAAGGGACGUUUCAUGGGACUGGCCCUGUAGCCUUGCUUAAAGGGGAGAGACGAUUACGCACAAGUGUACAUGACGUGCUACUUCAACAACUUUGGUUUCUAUUUGCCUAUAUGAAGUCUGCUAUAUGUAAUAUUUUAUUUUUUAAUACUGCAAAAUAAAACACUCUUU